ACCAGUUUCCAGCAAACAAACUUGUUGCCAACGCCGACCCGACAUUUUUUUGACCAGAGCCCACACCUCGCCGCCAAAACAAUCAACUACCGACCAGCCAAGUCGCAAGCCAGCCAGCCAGCUCCCGGUCAUAUCUGACAAAUCAGACACAAAAAUACUAUCAACACAGAAUCCAUCCAUCAUGAAUACCAAGCCCUUAGUACUGUGCACCGUUGUGGUAGUUGCCCUUUCCCUGCUGCAAUUCGGGGAUGCCCUGCCCUCCAUCGGGCACUAUGGCAAGCGUUUUGAUGCGAUGGGCGGCAUUGAUUUCAUUCAGGUGUGUCUCAACAACUGCGUCCAGUGCAAGACCAUGCUCGGCGACUACUUCCAGGGCCAGACCUGUGCGCUCUCCUGCCUCAAGUUCAAAGGCAAAGCCAUACCCGACUGUGAGGACAUUGCCUCAAUAGCUCCGUUCCUUAAUGCCCUCGAGUAGAGCCGCCGUAGAGGCGUCUCUUGGCCCAAGAGGUGCUUUUGCGUGUGUGUGUGUGUUUUUGUAUGGCCUGUGACUCAGGUGCGGAUUUGGGUCAAUGCGAUGCUCAACAAGAGACGAUCAUGACUGCUGAUUUCGACUCGACCACAAAGAUUAUGAAACUGACUUUUGCUAAACAACUGAACUUCCAGCACGUAACCAAAGAGUUCCUAUUAACUUAGGUAUUAUGUUAUCGUAAAUAAACUAAACUAAUUAUGUCUUAAUA